AUGACUUCCAUCGAAAUUAAAUCUGUUGAAAUUGCUGAUGACAAGCAAACUGAUGAUGAUUCAGUCAAAAAGUUUGAAAAAGCGUCAAUCACCCAAACGCCAAAUCCGAAACAACCAAAAAAAAAUACCGAGGACAAAGUUAGUCCUACUAAUUCUGAUAUUUCUUCAUCAUCUGGCCAUUCCAGUCAAUCUAGUGAUCAAACUACAUCAACAAUUACCUCCGAAGAUUCAUUGACAAAGGAGUCAUCGGAUGAUAAAACUACUAAAGGUGCUAGCCAAAACCCAUCAAUCGCAUCAGUUUAUGAUAAAAUCUUCUCACCGUCAACUGCCAGCAAUAAUAAUAGCAAUAAUAAGAAAUUUCAACCUUGUACUUCCAUUUCUCAACCAUAUUUAUUCAGCCCACAUCCGAUUAGACCACCAAACGCUGCCUCUCGUCUAGAAAGAAUAGUAAAACGUGAACAACCAAUCCCAAUGCGAUAUGAUUGUAUUCCAUGUAUCAAUGGGAAUGUUAUUUUAAAACCUUGUGAUCAUAGGAUGUGUGAGCCAUGCGUCCAUAAAUUACGUACCAACACUGUCAAAA